UGGUUUUUUAUUAUAAUAUUUUUUUGAGAUAAUUUAUAGAUAGAUUGACAAUUUGUCAUCACAAAUAUGCAGAUUAUUUAAAAAAUAAAAUAAAUAAAUAAAAAGUGAAAAAAAGAAGAAGCACCAAAUGCUAUUUUGUGGGAUUAUUUGCCUCCUCUGUGGUGGUCCCUGAGGUCCCCGAGUCUAUGCAUGUGGGACUAUCUCAGCCGCUGGCAGCUCAAAGUUACCAACACCAAGAAAAAACAUUCUAUCCAAUCAUACGUUUUUUUCUUUUCGACUCUGGGUUUGGCAUUCAGUUUGUGUUUCUUUGUGUUUGGAACUGAAAAGCUCGAAUCUAUGGAUUCCAACCGUUUUGUUUCUCUUUCUUCAACACCAAGGGACUCAGCACUACUCGCCAAAGCGCAGCAACAACCAAAUAACCUUUCCACCCCAUCUCCUUCCUUGUCAGGUUCUCUUCCUAUCCGAGCUCCUCUUACUGUUGAUGAUGAUGUGGGUUCUGAUUUUGAAUCCGACGGUGACAAAUUUGACAAAAAUUAUGGUAGUAGUAUCAAUGGUAGUGAUAGUGGGUCCGAGUCUGAGGUAUUUGUGAGUGGGGAAGAGUCUGAAACUGCUUCUGAGAGGCAGUUGGUGGCUGACUCAGUUGCGGAAACCGUGGGAGUGAGUGGUGUGGUUGAAAAAUUUGAACUUUCUAGGCCUUCUGUGAGAUACCCAGACGAAGAAAGCUCUGAGAAUAGUGUUGGGGGUGAGGAAGAGAGUGGUGAAGUUGAUGGAUAUAAACCUGCUGUUCGACCAGUUAUGGUGGAUGAGCUGAGUUUGAAGCUGGUUAGGCCUAUUGCUCAGUUAUCCUUGGAGGAAGAUGAUAAUGUGUUGACUAGCGAUGAAGAGGUGGUGAGCGAAGUGGAAGAUGGAGGUUCUUUAGAGAAGGUCAGUAUCGCACCUAGAAUUAAAGUGUUGAGAGUUGAUGAAGGAGAAGAAGAUGAAACGGUAGUAGGAGAGACUAAUGAUGAUUCACUUUCAGAUGAUUCUCUUGGAGAUGAAAAUGGGAUUUUGGGUGUUAAUAAAGAGAAGCUAUUGGGUGUAGGGGACUACGUUAAGGAUGUCAAGGAGCAAAGGACAGGGAUUUUGGAUGUUAAUGAAGAGAAGCUAUUGGGUGUAGGGGACUAUGUUGAGGAUGUCAAGGAGCAAAGGACAGAACCUGACGUAAAAGUUGAGAAUUCUGUUGAAGAGAAACAGAAGCUUGCUGAAACGGUGGAGGACGCUAUUGAAUUGAAUUUCAUGGAUUCUCACAACCCAACAUCCCUAAGACAGUCACUGGGAGUUUCUGAAGGGAUUGAUGAUGUCUUAAAAAGAACUAGUGUUUUUUCUGACUCAGAGCUGCUAAAGGAACAGAAUGGUGUCAUGUAUGAUGAUCAUGAAGUAUUCCAUGAACCUAUGACAAGCAUGGUUAAAGAGACCAAAGAAUCAAAUUCCAUGGGGACAAAUGUUGAUGGGUGGGAAGUCAAGUAUGUGGCAGAAGAAACUGUGGUUUGUGCAAAUGGCGUGAGCAGUAAUAUUGAGUUUAGCGGAGGAGUGGAUAAUGGUGUUUUAACUAAAACCAGUGAUAGUGAUCGUGAUAGUUUAGAAAAUUCUCUGAAUUGUGAUUAUGGGUCUGCUAAACAAUGUUCCGAUUUGGCCCACAAGGGGAAUAUAGAUGCAGAACUUGAAGAAGACCAUGGUGUAGAUGCAAUUGAAGAAGAACAAGACGGUUUAGUUUCUGAUGAAGAUACUGAAGAUUUCAUUGAUAUCUCUGAAACAACCAAACAAAUCAUAAAUGACUUGGGGCAAAGGUUAGUUUCCUCUUCACUUUUUGGUACACAAGAUUCUGAGGAUCAUCUAAAGCCAGUUGAUGGACAGAAUAUGGACCUGGUUAAUGUGGAAAUAGAUCAAGAUAGUAGGGGAAAUAAACUAUUCGAUUCCACGUCUUUGCUGGCUCUUUUGGAAGCAGCAACUAGUAUUGUUGAAUCAAGAGGUUUCGCACUUGAUUCUCCUGCUGAGUUAGGUUCUUUCCCUCACUCUAUGAGACCUGCUCCACUACUAGGUGAGUCUGAGGACAAAUUAAGCGAAGAAGACAAGAGAAAGAACGAGAAGAUGCAACUCCUGGAAUUGAAAUUUUUGAGGCUUGUUCAUAGACUUGGCCUUUCUCCUGAAGAUUCCAUUGUUUCCCAAGUUUUAUGCAAGCUGGUCUCCACUGCAGGAAGAUGCUCUAGUCAGUUAUGUUCUCUUGAAUCAGCGGAGAGGAUGGCCUUAGAUCUUGAAGCUGAGAAUAAAAUAAACUUGGACUUCUGUCUGAAUAUUUUGGUUAUUGGAAAAACUGGAGUGGGAAAGAGUGCUACCAUAAACUCUAUUUUUGGAGAGAAGAAAGUGAAGAUUGAUGCCUUUCAACCUGCCACAACUACUGUGAAAGAGAUUGUUGGAAAAAUAAAUGGAGUCAAGAUCAGAAUCAUUGACACACCAGGUUUGAAAUCUUCUGCAGUUGAGCAAGCUGUGAACCGAAAGAUAUUAGCAGCUAUAAGCAAAUGUAUAAAGAAGUUCCCUCCAGAUGUUGUCCUCUAUGUUGAUCGUUUGGACACUCAAACAAGAAGUACAAAUGACUUACCAUUGUUACGGACAAUCACUAAAUCUCUCAGUUCUUCAAUAUGGAGAAAUGCUGUUGUCACUCUAACACAUGCUGCUUCGUUUCUCCCUGACGGACCAUCAGGCUUUCCCAUAAACUACGGGGUCUUCGUUGCUCAGAGAUCCCGUGUUGUUUUACAGUCCAUUGGCCUAGCUGUUGGUGAUCUGCAGUGGAUGAAUCCAAAUGUUGUGCAACCAGUUUCCCUUAUUGAAAACCAUCCAUUGCAUGGAAAGGGCAAAAAUGGAGAGAGAGAUGUGUCUGACGGAGUUAGUGGAAGUUCUCAACUAUUGCUCUCGUGCUACUCAAUAAAGAUCUUAUCAGAAGCAAGCUCCAUAUCAAAGCCUCAAGACUCAUCUAAUCUGAAGAAAGCUUCUGGUUUCCGCUUGCGCUCCCUACCAUUACCCUACUUGUUGACUUCUCUGAUGCAGUCUCGUGUUCAUCCAAAACUAUCUGCUGAUCAGGGUGGCAAUAAUAUUGACUCAGACAUUGAGUUGCAGGAUGUUUCAGAUGCUGACAGUGAAGAUGAGGAUGAAUACGAUCAACUUCCCCCUUUUAGGCCUCUGAGGAGAUCACAGAUUGCUAAGCUUAGCAAGGAACAAAAGAAAGCUUAUAUCGACGAGUAUGAUUAUCGUGUAAAGCUCCUUCAAAAGAAACAGUGGAGAGAGGGGACCAAAAGGUUGAAGGAGAUCAAGGACAAAAGCAAAGAUGCUAGUGAUGUUUAUGGUCUCAAUAAGGAAGAUGAAGAAAAGGAAGAAUCAGGUCCAGAGGAUGAAUCAGUUGCUUUGCUUGACGUGCCUCUUCCACCUUCCUUUGAUGGAGACAAUCCUGCCUACAGAUAUCGAUUUUUGGAGCCCACAUCUCAACUUCUUAUGAGGCCAGUUGUGGACAAUAAUGGCUGGGACCAUGAUUGCGGGUAUGAUGGUGUCAGCAUUGACAGAAAUCUUGCUGUUGGGGGUCAAUUUCCUGCAGUUUUUGCAAUUCAAAUCACGAAAGAUAAACAACAGUUUAAUAUUCACUGGGAUUCCUCUGUAUCUGUGAAGCAUGGGGACAAUGGAUCAACUAUGGCAGGACUUGACAUCCAGACUGUGGGAAAGCAGCUUGCUUACAUUCUCAGAGGUGAAACCAAAGUAAAAAAUUUCAAGAUAAACAGAACAACUGCUGGGAUAAAUGUUACUUUUUUAGGUGAACAGAUAGCUCCUGGACUCGUAAUUGGGGACCAGGUUGCAAUUGGGAAGCGCUUGGUUUUAGCAGGAGGUGCUGGACUUGUGCGAUCUCAUGGUGACACAGCUUAUGGAGCCAACUUGGAAUUGCGCCUCAAGGAUGAAGAUUUCCCUAUAGAGCAGAACCAAUCUAGUUUGGGUUUGUCUCUGAUGAAGUGGAGAAGUGAUUUGGCUUUAACAGUUGCCCUACAAUCUCAGUUUUCCAUUGGAAGGAGUUCUAAAAUGGCUGUCCAUGUUGGAUUGAACAACAAGCGAAGUGGCCAGAUUACUGUCAGAACAAGCAGCUCAGACCAACUCCAAAUAGCUCUUGCUGGUUUUCUUCCAAUUGCAGUUUCAAUCUUUAGAAGUUUUUGGCCAGGAUUUGGUGCUCAACGCUCAACAAAUUAGCUUCUUUUUUUAUAAUAUAUAUAUAUAUUUUAUCUUUCCAUUAACUAUGGACAUUUUUUUAUUUUUUAGUAAGAAGCUUAGAAAAACAUUGUGUUGUUGCAGAUAGCUUAAUUCCAAAGUAGGUGACAUUUUGAUAUAUCAGAAAAGCAUUAAGAUGUUAGUUCAAUGAAUUUACUAUAAGCUCAUUUCUGUCCGUCA